AUGGCUCACCCAAACCCCCUCACGUCCGAUAAAAUCAUCCUCUUCGGCGACUCCCUGACCGAACAAAGCUGGAACCAAGAAUUCCUCUUCAAUAUCUCGCCAGCAUUGCAACAUGAGUAUUUUCGCAAGUUACAAAUCGUUACGCAUGGCUAUGGGGGCUAUAAUAGUGAACAUGCACGACAUAUUCUGGAACCCAUGCUCGACGCCGAAACAGCUGGGGGCAGUCGAAUCAGGUUACUAGUGAUCUUCUUCGGAACCAACGAUGCGGUCGAAGCUGCAAAUACUCGGCAGCAUAUUCCUAUGCAACGCUAUGCUGAGAAUGUGCGAUUUCUGACGAUCAAGGCACUAGAUCGUGGUAUCAACGUGAUCUUGGUUGGGCCAGCUCUCGUUGGGAAAGACGUUCUGGAUCGCUCCAACGAAACGAACAGGACAUACUCGCAGGCUGUGAAGCACGUCGCGCAAGAACAUGAUGUGCCGUUUGUGGAUUUGUGGACUGCAUUCCAUACGUACACCAGAUCAUCGUCCAACAGCGACGGCCGCAAAAGCGGCAAAGAGAGCGUCGACGCGAACGGGACAAAUAACUUGACCGAUCUUCUUGCGCCGGAUGGAGUGCAUUUCUCUGGCCAGGGAUAUCACAUUUACUAUAAGCUACUCCUUCGCACUAUCCGCGAAUCGUUUCCUCCUCUGCGACCAGAGAAUUUGCCUACCGUCCUGCCGCAUAUUUUCGAUAUCGACGAGACGGAUUUGCCAGAGUCUCUAUGGCGCCCUGUUGCGACAAAGAACCAUUAG